CCCAUCAGUCGCACGCCGCUCACACAGGUCUCCUAUCUACAAAAGAUACCAACACUGCCGCGCCACUUCUCGCCCAGCGCAGCAGCCGCAGCGGCGRGCGGAAGUGGCAGUUUGGGCCUUGGCGCGCCAGGUGCAACAUCAGCACUGCUCGCCGGCAGCGUUUUGCCUAGCAGCUCGUCGGCUAGCGCUUUAUAUAGUCCCAAUGCGACAGGUUUGCCGACCUCACCGCUGCCACUACAGCGUCAAUUUCAUCACGCGCCACCACCGCAACAUGGACAGCAACAACAACAACARCAGCUACAAMAUCAACCGCCAUUGCCGCCRCUACAUCAUCAUCAGUUGCAUCCGCAACAAUAUUUGCCACCGCAUCACCAGCUGCCACCGCCGGCGCCGCCGCAUGCCGCUGCCUCAACAAUCGGUAUGCUGGCGCAUCAUGCACCACAACAGUAUUCACCGGCGCAUUCGGCGCACUCUUCAUCGUCCAAGUACUCCAGCUCAUCGCUGAAGCAUCAACAGCAGCAACAUCAACAACAACAACAGUCGCAUGGUAUGCCGCAACCACAGCAACAUGCGCCACACCAGCUGUCGCCGGCGAUUUCAUCACCUUCACCGCCCUCACUGCUGCACCACCCAACGUCGGCGCAUGCGUCCUUCGCGCUGGUCGGUCACCAGCAGCUCGACAUGCAGCGCCAUUCGCACUCGGACGAUGACAGCGGUUGCGCGCUGGAGGAGUACACUUGGGUGCCGCCCGGUCUGAGACCCGAUCAGGUAAGCUUGUAUUUCUCACAUAUAGUUUCUACUUUACGAAUGAAUAUCAAUAAGCCAAGCCCUAAGUACUGA